AACCUCAGAUGAAGGACACAAAUCACCACAAGAUCAAAUCAAUCUCUCUUUUUUCAGUUUUAAGGAACAAGGGACACGAAAACGAUGAAUCUCAUCUUGUUUAUCUUCGGUUCAUGCAUCUCAUCGGGUCUCUCCAAACAGUUUGUCUUUGUUAAUGAACUAAAAACAUAUGAUGAUGCCCAGAGCUUCUGCAGAAAACAUCACAAUGAUCUGGCCACUAUUGAAGACAUGACAGAUCUGAAUGAUCUCCAGAACACUGUGAGCGGGAUUACAGAACCAUCUGCUUGGAUCGGACUGAAGAAAGAAGGUCCUCCUCUCUGGUAUUGGUCCCUUAACAACAGGGAAUUCUACAGGGAAGGAGAAGCCGGAUAUAGAAACUGGGGAACUGGAGAGCCGAAUAACUGGGGAGGGAUUGAAAACUGUGUUGUGAUCGAUGAUGGGGGGAAAUUCCGGGAUACUUCAUGUUCUUCCCAAAGGCGGUUCAUUUGCUAUGAUGGAAAUGUGAAUGUUGCACAGAGGUAUGUGAUUAUCAAUCAACCAAAGACCUGGAACGACGCUCAGAUGUACUGCAGAACGACACACACAGAUCUGGUCAGUAUCAGGAACCUGGAGGAGAACCAGCAGGUCCAGGCAGUAGUACCAGCAGGAGCAGUGGUCUACAUCGGCCUCUAUAAAGAAUCUUACAGAUGGUCAGACAACAGCAGUUCUUUAUUCAGACGCUGGUCUUUAAAUGAGCCUGACAACAGCGGACCGUGUGUUGAGCACAUAUUUCAGCAGAACGCAUGGAGAGAUCAGAACUGCAGCACAGCAAGACCGUUCUUCUGCACCAGUGCGUUGAAGAUGCAGAUAUUGAGAGUGAAGGUGAAAUCCAGUCUGAAUGUAAAUGAUCCUGCAAUGAUGACGACUGUCUUACAGAAGAUUCAACAGAAUCUAGUAAAUCUGGGAAUGUCAAAGGAUGCCAAACUGGUGUGGAGAGUUCAGUCAGACGGAGCCGUCUUCCACACGGUGCAGAAUAAAAAGGAGUUAUAGGUCGGUGUGUUAGAGGGAUAGUUCUCCCACAAUUGAAAAUUAUUUCACAAAUUUGGCUAAUUAAUCUUGUUCUUUAAUCUUGUUUUAGUUACACCUUAUCACUUUAAAAUAUCCUGUGAUUUUGCAUUAAGUAAAUAAGUACAAGUUCUACUCUUUUAUUUACAUUGUGAGGGGAAGAUAGCAGUGAUAGAACAAUCAGCUCUAGUAGUGA